AUGAGCAGCCCAGAAGAUCCCAAGACAAAGUCCCAUUCUCAAUCCCAAUCCCAAUCCCAAAAGGCAACCGAAAGAGCAACACAGCUUUCCAACCAUCUUUCCCCUCAAAAUGACACAUCCUCUCCGCCUUCUCGUCGCCGUCGAAAAGAGAAGAAAGACGAACUCCCAGCAGACUACAGCGACAUACUCUCCCAACUCUCCACUCUCCGCAAACUAGCAAACACCCCCGACAACACCCGAAGAGGCUUCGUCUCCCAACGUAAAGCCGGCAAACUCUGGGUUCGAGACCGCAUAACCCGUCUCCUCGACGCAGACUCCUUCAAAGAAAUCGGCGGUCUGACAGGAACCGUCACCUGGAAAUCCCUGGGAGGCGAACGUGAAGAACCGGAAUCCUUCCUUCCACAUAACAAUGUCCAAGGUUUCGGGAAACUCCACGGGAGGAAAAUUCUCUUCACGGCCGAUGAUUUUAGUAUUCGAGCGGGUCAUCAGGAUGGUCAUCUCAUGGCCAAGACGUUAUAUACCGAGAAAUUGGCCAUUGAAUUGAAACUUCCCAUGAUUAAACUCACGGAUGGAUCUUCUGGUGGCGGAUCAGUUUCUAGUAUUGAGAAGAUGGGAUUCUCCUAUGUGCCUCCCAUGCAAGGGUUUGAUGUCGUGCAGAAGCAGUUGAAUAUGGGGAUUCCGAACCUCGGGGCGGUUUUGGGUCCUGCGAUUGGUCUGGGAGCUGCGAGGGUUGUGAGUUGUCAUUUUAGUGUCAUGGCGGGGGAUAUUGGGAGUUUGUUUAAUGCGGGGCCGAAUGUGGUUAAGACUGCGACUUUUGAGGAAGGGUUGAGUUUUACGGAUUUGGGUGGGCCGGGUAUGCAUUGUACGAAUGGUACGAUUGAUAAUCUGGCUGCUGAUGAGGAAGGAUGUUUUGAGCAGUUGAGGACGGUCUUGGGAUAUUUGCCAAAUUGGGGUGGUGCGAUACCGCCAAUUGUGGAAUGUCAAGACUCUGUGAGGAGGGUGUCGCCGGAGCUGAGGACUGUGAUACCGAGGAAAAGGGAGAGAACCUAUGAUCCAAGAAGAAUCAUCAACACGGUCGUGGACAAGGACUCGUUCUUUGAAAUCGGCAGCCUUUGGGGACGAACGGCGAUUGUAGGACUCGCGAGGUUAGGCGGCAGACCUGUCGGGAUUCUCUCCAACAGCCCAGAAGUCCUAUCCGGAGCGAUCGAUGCCGCAGGAUCUCAGAAGUUGACGAGACAUCUCAAAUUCUGCGACGUCUUCAAUCUCCCGAUUCUGCAGUUUGUGGACGUCCCGGGCUAUGCAGUUGGGACGGUUGCCGAACGCACUGCGACGAUGAGAUGGGGAGUGGAGCUCACAAAGGCAUACUACACCACCACCAUUCCAAUCUUCAGCGUCAUUUUACGAAAAGCAUAUGGUGUCGCGGGAGGGGUCAUGGUGGAUUGCAGGGAGCCAAAUACCCGUGUUGCAUGGCCGAGUGGAGAGUGGGGAAGCUUACCUCUGGAUGGAGGGAUUGAAGUUGGUCAUUCGCACGAGUUGCGUUCGAUUGCGAAGGAACACGGCGAGGAGGCGAUGAAGAAGAGAUACAAGGAAUUGGAAGUCAUGUAUCGACGUCUGAUGAACCCAGUCCGGACGGCGAAUCAUUUCAGUGUCGAGGAAAUCAUUGAUCCCGCCAAGACAAGAGGGGUCGUGGGAGAGUGGUUGGAAAUGGUAUAUCAGGCGACGCUGCCAGAAAGAGUCAUGCAUAGAAUGUGUGGGAAGCUGCAGCCGGUAUACGCCUGA